CAAUAUUCUGAAAUGAUGCAAACCACUGGUUUGACUUUGGUGAAUGCUUUUUUGUUGUUUAUUUUUUAUUCCUUUCAUGAAGAAUAUCAUAUUACAUUAAAUUAACAUAUUCAGCACCCUACUUAAGUCCACACAUUUGUAAACCCAAUAGUACAACAUUGAACACAUUUUAGGUCAAAUUUCAACAGAAGUCCAUUUGAAAUUCAUGUACCCACAGUUCUGUAUCACUUCAAGUGAAAACUGUUGAGACUUUGCAGACUUUUUGAACACGCUAAAAUUUAUAUAUCUGAUAAGUGAAGACUUCUGAAGAUUUCUGAAUGAUACAUUUUUGCCCAAUUGAAAUCUUUUCUUUUUUUCUUUUAGGUUCUCAAACACCUUUUUACACUUUUGACUCUGGUGGGCCCUUCUAACAACAGUAACUAUAAUCGUUGUUAUAGAAUUUUUAAUUUUUUAGAAACAUAAAAACAUUAGAGCGUCAUGCUGCUGGGUGUUUAAUGCAGCCAUUCCAGGACUUGUGCUAUGUUGCAGAUGAGGUUUGUCAAGGACCAACAUUGUGCCAUGUGCAGUGCGAACAGAAAGUGGAUAACUAAUAAUAAUUUACCAAAGCUGUGUUAAUUACUCUCUUGUGAUACUGUGCCAUAAACCGCUGCCCCACAUUUCCAACUACAAUUGAGCAAACCCAUACACCACCAUGACCAUUAGGAAAGUAGAUGAGAUCCACGUGCUGCUAAUCAGAUCCUGCGUUUGACUAAUUGAUCAUCACUGGCAGCGUGGCUCCAGUCUAAGUUUUGGAACAAAUGACAAAAUCUUCCCCUUUUGUAUAGUAAAGGCCAAAGUUAAAAUGUUUGGCUGCAAUCCACAUUGGAAAGUAAACAUAACCUUAAAUCAACUGUCUAAAUCAUUUAGCCAAAUGCUUGAAGAGCAGUGCACAUUCAAAUCUUUGCAAACAUCAUGGAAGGGAAACAGAAGUUUAAGCCACUACUAAUGUCUUAAGAGAUGCCUGUUGUCCUCCCUUAGCAGAAAGUAGUCUAUUUAAGUGUACUACCAGUAUACUUGGUCUAUGUUUACUUACUAUCUAUAUGUUGUACACAUAAAAUGUUCCAAUUUAGUCUGAAGAAGUGUUCAGUUAGUACUCUACCUCCACUACACAAACGUAGUCUAGUUAGUAUUUGCUAUAUAUCUACUCAAGUACACUUUAUAAAUUAAUACUUCAAGUGUAUAACUUUUUACUAAGGGAUGAUGCAAAAGACUUUUUAUUAUGAAGUACUUGUAAUCUUUAGUAUUGAGUCUUACAGCAUCUACAUUGUUUUUACCAUUGAUAAACUGGACUACUAUGUGAUAAUCUUUUGCUUUGCUAAGUUUUUUGCUUUGACAAACAAAAGUAUUAUUUAGCUGUGAAUUUAUUUGCUAUAUCACUAAAACAUCAUAUAGCCUGUUUUACUUUUUAUGUCAGUUUUUCACGGUUCACUACACUUAAAUGUAGGUGUUUCUCUCUAAAAACAUAGCGCUUAUUAUGUUGAAACUGUAAUUAAAUUCUAGAGGGAUUGUAUUUUAUGAAGACCACUGGGUUUAUGAAGUCCACUAAGUUAAAAGCUCGAACAUUAUUUUCUGCUUGGUGUACCUAGCUUUAGGCUAGAUGUUUAUUUUUAACGUUUUUCAUAUUUGUAUGACUAGAGUGUCAAAAACAAUAACAACAUUGACAGUGGAGCUUGACCCCAAUGGCCUCUGUAAUCUGUUGAUGAGGUUCAGGCUGUAGGGUAGUGCAGAUGUAAACAACAGAAGGCCUAUCUUCUUUACAGGAUGUCAAAGGAACAAAACUUUAACCUAAAUUAGUGUUACACAAGUGUUUGUUGAAAAUCGGUUAUUGGCGUUCGCAUUUUGUGUAUGUAUGUGUUUCUGUCUGAAUGCAGGUCUGUGAAUGGAUACGUAACUUUGUUAAGAUUUGUUCACAUCACAUAGACAUGACUCAUCUGUGAUAUUAUGAUGCAUAAGAGAGGCAAAACUGGAGCCACAUGGGGUUCUUUUAUCCUUCCAUUUUUAUUCUUUGGCUUUGAAGAAAGAAAUCUAGCUGAUUGAAUGGCUAAUGGGUUUGUAGUUUUGGGUAAUUUGUUUUGGUUUAUUAAGUUUUGUGGUGGUUUAUCAUUACAGUAAGUUUAAAGUAGUCUUAUUGCAUUAUAUUUACAUGAUAGAAAAUUAAAUUAUCCACCAAUAGUGUCACGUUCAUUUAGCCUAGUAAAAGGAGGAAAAGCAUAAAGGUGCACCAAAAUCAUAAUGAUAAAAAAAAGCCAUGUCUGACUUGGCUUUCUUGUAGUUUUAAUUUAGGCAUGAUGUAUUUUAAUUUGAAAGAAGCUUGUAAAUGUUACUAUCAAAAGUAAAAAUAUAACACAACUGAUAAAUUACUGCAAAUCUAUCAAAUCUACAUUUUAAAAAUGAAUGGCUAAAGGGACCAGCAAACCUAAAGACUAUUUUUCUAAAUGGUGAAGUGGAAUUUGUGGGUUUAACUGGGUUUUGGUCAAUAAGAAACAGGAAUUUUACCAGUUUUUAAAGUUUUAGUCUUUUGCCUUUUUUGUAGAAAACAAAGCAUGGAUGUGUUUUCUUUUUUUUUCUCCUGCAGUUCUCUCAAAGUCAGUCACUGUGUUUUCUGGUAUUUUCUAAAGUAAAAAAACAAUGAACCAUGAAAUAACGCAGUUGAUCCUCUGAAUAUAAAUUGUUCUCACAGUUUUUGACAUCAGUUGUUUGAAUUAAAACCAUUAAAAAUAUUGUCUCAAUGUUUUUUGAAGGAAAGUAAAAGGAAAGUACUAAACUAUUCGGAACCUCACCAUUUCAUAUUUUUGUGGCUAGAAUAGAAUAGAAUGACAUAAUCCCAGUAGGUAAAUCUAUCAGGAAACAAAAUUGUGACUAUUGGAUUAAGGUUUAACUUCUGGACAUGAGAAAAAAGUGAAAACAGCAAAAAGAUUUGAAAUUGAUUGUUGCCAGCUAGAAUGACAUUUCAGUGUUAACUUUAGAUUCAUUUUAAUCUUUAAAAAAACGUUUUGGGUCUGAUCAAAUCUGUUGUUAAGUGGAUUCCUGCUUAUCUAAAUGUCCCUUUAUUUUUUGGAUAGCGUUUAAUGUGUAUUUCCCAACCAAACCAUAUUGGAGAUUGUGUGUUUGCUCUUUUCUGUUUGUUGACAGAAUUGCUCAACAACCUGUAAAGUGAAAUCUAUCAACUUGGUGAAUGAGAGAAAGCAAAGCAUGUUGUUGAAGUCACGUUAGAUCCCUGUGGAGAACAGCGUCCUCAUCUGAGGUCGGAACCAGCUGACGUCAGCUUCAGAGGAGGGAUUGACUGAAGUCCCUCAGCAUCUGUGUUCACAUCCUAACAUGUCACAGAGUCUGCAGCUGCAGAGACAGCAGUCCCCUCCUCUCUGCCUGCUUCCAGGUGCUCACACAGCCGCAGUGAUCUGACUGAUGGGGAACCGCUCUGUUCCCACGGAGCUGCGCUGCUGAAACCAGAGCGCACAGACGCCAUCUGGAAGCAUGGAGCGACUUUCUUGCGUUUCUUCCACCAACUGACUGCAUGGAUGAAGUGAAGAGGAUUUCUCCACGUGGCCACAGACUCUUUCUGGAUCUUGGACGGUCUGUGCCUCUGAGAAGCUACUGAUGCUGAUCAACUUCUCCAAACUUUUCGAAACCUCGCAGCAGCUGAAGCUCCGGCGGUCAACCUGAAACUUAUUUUACUGCCUUAAACGCUCGUGGAAAUGGCCAACAGCUCGUUCCACUACCCCUCUAUCCUCCAUAUGGAGUUUACUCCUGUUGUUGACAUUGCAGAAUACAACGAGACAAACUCAACGGCUGGGGAGCGCAAUCUGCUGGGCUGCUUUCAGAUCCGCAUCCCACAGGAGCUGUUCCUGACUCUGGGACUCAUCAGCCUGGUGGAAAACAUCCUGGUCAUUCUGGCAAUAAUCAGGAACCGCAACCUGCACUCACCAAUGUACUACUUCAUCUGCUGCCUCGCCGUGUCCGACAUGCUGGUGAGCGUCAGCAACGUGGUGGAAACCAUAGUCAUGCUCCUGACUGACCACGGCCUGCUGGACGUGCACCCCGGCAUGCUGCGGCACCUGGACAACGUCAUCGACGUGAUGAUCUGCAGCUCCGUGGUGUCAUCGCUGUCUUUCCUGUGCACCAUCGCCGCGGAUCGCUACAUCACCAUCUUUUACGCGCUGCGCUACCACAGCAUCAUGACCAGCCAGCGCGCCGUCAUCAUCAUCGUCCUGGUGUGGCUGGCCAGCCUCAUCUCCAGCAUCCUCUUCAUCGUGCACGACACCGACCACGCUGUCAUCGUGUGCCUCAUCACCUUCUUCUUCACCACGCUGGUGUUCAACGCCGUACUCUACCUGCACAUGUUCAUCCUGGCGCACGUCCACUCCCGGCGCAUCACGGCUUUCCACAAGAGCAGGCGCCCGUCCACGAGCAUGAAGGGAGCGAUCACGCUCACCAUCCUGCUCGGGGUUUUCAUUAUAUGUUGGGGCCCUUUCUUCCUACACCUCAUCCUCACCCUGGCCUGCCCCACUAGCCCCUUCUGCAACUGUUUCUUCCGAAACUUUAACCUUUUCCUCAUUCUGAUCAUCUGUAACUCGCUCAUCGACCCGCUCAUUUACGCGUACCGCAGCCAGGAGCUGCGGAAAACCCUGCAGGAGAUGCUCAUGUGUUCCUUCUGCUUCAGCGUGUGACUGAAAGUAAUGCUAGAACUUUUUGGGCCUAAACCGAACCGGGAUUGGGUCACAUCACUGUGCUUGAACUUGAUACAACAGUUUUUCCUCAUAAGAACUCCUUAAAUGACAUUCGGAGAAAUGCGUCAGUUUCACUGUAACGUUUUGUGUAUUUGUGUGUUAUCUUUAUCUGUAUGCUGUUUUUUUAAUAGUAAAAGACUUUUAAAAAGUUUCUGACCUGAUUCUAAUAUUAGGCAAAUUAUAUUUGCUUUAGCUCCAAUUUCUUACAUAUUUUUCACUUUUUCUAUAAAAAUUGUAGAUUACCUGCCUCAACUUUAAGAGCACACCUUCUAAAAACGAAACAAAAAGAAAUGUACAUCUGUUUAUUUCUUUACGUUACGUCCGGCAGCAAAAUAAUUUAAAAUUAACAAAAUACAUUUGAUGUUUUAGUUCUAAGUAAGAGGUGGACGGGCGCACCAUUAGUCAUAAAUAAUAAGGGCGUAUUUAAAAAGAUUUUUAAUUGUUGAAGAAAACUGUUGAAAUUGUAAAAGAAAAAUACAAAUAAAGAACUAAAUUUCUGUUUUUAAAACAAGAAUCCAGAAAUAUUUUUGACCCAUGUUUGUUACUUAUCUAAACAGACGAAAAGAAAGAAGAAAAAAAGAAGAAGGGGGGGAUAAAUUUCCAGUUUUUACUGCAUGCUUUUAGUAAGUUUUUUGCAAAAUAUUUUGCUCCACCUUAAUUCAAAGCACCAAAUGUGUGAUAUAAAAACUAAGACAGAAAAAGUGUGAUCUUUGUUAGAUCUUGAAUCAGAUUGUUUCUGUGGAGAUUAAAAAAAUAGAUACAAAACCGAUUUUAAAAAAGUGAGAAGAUUCUCUUUGUUAUCUCAUAUUUGUAAAUAUUGUCAAUAAAAUACAGUGCACUACACAUGACAUUUGCUGCUGAAUUAGGAAUCUGAACUUUUAUUAUCAGGUUAACCUAUAAACAUGUAUUUUCUGUCUUACUAUUUAAAACCUACAGUUUUCACUUUGUUUUAUUUCCAGUAACCUCAUGUUUAUGUAUUUUAUCUUUAUUGAAUUCUUAUUAUACAAAUUCUUCAUUGUUUUCAUAAGAAUGACGAUAAACAGCCUUUGAUUUAGGCCUAAUGAGAUUAUGGUUAUUUGAACAUGACAUCUUUCCGGGGCUUAUGGACAGAAAGAAAUACAUUUUAGUCUAAAUGUACGUUUGGAUUACUGGACUUUUCUGCAGCGUUUUUUUUUUUUUAUCUGUUAUGCCCAAAUAAAAAAGGUCAGGGUCUUUUUUUUUUUGAUGAGGCUUAAAAAGAGGAUUGUUCCUUUCCCUUUGGAAAAAACAGCCAGAAUAGUUUCAGCGCACUGCUUUUUAGACUGGUUAUCUGAUAGUGAAACACAUGUGGAAAAUUCAUCAUCACAUUCCUGCUGAAAAGACUAAACAGGUUGAUUUCAGCCGUUAAAGUUUGUUUGAUCUUGUUACCUAUCAAUAUUUAUUUAGAACACAUGAAAGACAUCAAAUCACAAAUAGCUAAAAUAAAAUAAAAUUAAAAAAUGAUGUUUCUUGAUAGUGGAUUGAUAACAGCAGGAAGUUUUACCUUUACAUCUUAUUUCUAAGUUAAAUUAGAUCCAUGUGAGGCUUUUUUUGGGUUAUUUUUUUCUUGUAUAUUCUUCAGUGCAUGUUAUUACAUUGAUAAUAUAACUUCUUAAUUUUUAAAGAAACUCUACGUACACAUUUUUCUUAAACAUACCUCAGAGUGUUGUAAAUAUUGAGAUACUUUGAUCUUUGGGUUUUAAAUUUUUGUUUGAUUACAAUUGACUUGUUUUCAGGGUGUGUUUAGCCUUUUAUGAAGUGAACCAACUUAAUAAAGAACAAAUAUAGUUAUAUUUUUAAGUCUUCUAUAAGUCAAUCUUUGGUUGAGUUUGAUAGUAGCCAAUAGGUGUGUUCUUCAAGCUGAAGCUUUUAC